AUGACCUUUGGCGCCUCUCUGACCUCUGGCCCCGAUGUGCAAAUCAUCUUUGAGAAGAAGCCCACGGCAACGCAGCUGACCCGUGCCCUCAAGUACCGACUCCCGCCGACAUUCUACUUCUACGAAGACCUUCCCGUGCCGGACGGUUACAGGCCAGAUGAGGACUUCGAUGAUUACGAGAUCUGGUUCGACCAAUGGAAGGCUGGAAAGGCUCUGAGGAAGGAUGCACCCCAACCUGUUCAGACGACGUCUACGCCAACCAAAGAUCAGCAAGAAACAAGUGCGAUUGGCACCAGUAGCAUUGUGGUCACCAAGACUCCGGUAGCGGGAGGGCUUUUGGGCAGCACAACGGCAAACACUGACACAGGGCUCUUUGAAGGUCUCAGCUUCAGCUUUGGCAAGCUAUCCACCUCGACAUCUACUUUCAAAGGGUUCACAAGUACUACAGAGACGAAAGAAGGGCUUACAGGAGGGCAGCUGCUUGGUACUUCCACAAGUACAGGAGGGCUGUUUGGUACUUCCACAAGUACAGGAGGGCUGUUUGGUACUUCCACAAGUACAGGAGAGCUGCUUGGUACUUCCACAAGUACAGGAGAGCUGCUUGGUACUUCCACAAGUACAGGAGGGCUGUUUGGUACUUCCACAAGUACAGGAGGGCUGUUUGGUACUUCCACAAGUACAGCUGGUAAAGGACUCUUCGCUACACCAGAGCAGCAGACAGCACCGUUUGGGAGUGCGAACAAAACUGUCACCGCCAAACGAUUUAGAGGGUUUGUUACCCAGUCGUCCACCACCGCUACAAGUACAGGGCUGUUUGGGGCCACCCAACAGACACCAAGUUUGUUUGGAUCAGGACUGAUCAAAAGUACAGGACUGUUUGGUGCUGUUAGCGCUACUGAAGCUGGACCAACUGGCACCACUGUGAAGUUUGAGCCUGUGUCUGGUAGUGACACCAUGAUGCAAAAUGGCGUCUCCCAGAACGUCCGUACAGCACACCAGUGUAUCACCGCCAUGAAGGAGUAUGAGACCAAGAGCUUGGAGGAACUCCGCAUGGAGGACUACAUGGCCAAUCGUAAAGGUGGCUCUACUGGGGCAACUACACUGUUUAAGUUGGCUGCAACUACACAGGCCAAGGGUGACCUGGUCGGUACCAACACUUCCAGUACACGACCCAGGCUAAGAGCGAGGCGCAAGAGGUGCCUGCCCUAAUUUUGCAGGCGGUUCUGACGGAAAAGGCGCCACACAAGGGGAUU